UUUCUUCUCAAUAUGUAGCAACUGCGCCGCUUGUUUGUAAGAGAGCCUCACAAAUCGUUACUUUGACAUUCACUAACUGGGUAAUUGCUCUACCUGACACUUAAGGACAUUGUACUUGUAUUCCCUUGUAUUUAUACAAAGACGGAUUAACGCUGUUAAGACCAUUUCAACGCCGAGGACCGUCAUUUGUGUUGUGGAUACGAUACUGAGUGAUACUGGACUGGAGUGUAUUCCGAGUGUCUGGCCUUCCUGCCCUUGGCUACAGUAGAAAGUUUGGUGCCUGUUGUGGGCUGUGCAUGUUUGUUCCUCACCAGUGAUUCCUUAUGCUUGAUAGAAGCUGCACCCUUACAGGAUGGAUGGUGUGGACUUAAAGAGACUUGUUUAUCAACAUCAGCACUCUGUGUUCUUCUGUGGUGUUCAAUCUUUUACCAUUUACAAGAGGACACCUCCCAUCCUUUACCCCCAAUCUCUGCACUAUAUUUAUAAAGACCGUCAAUAAAAAGACAGCUAAAGGUAGAAGUUGUAAGACUUUCUAUCUUUUUUCUUUUAAAGCUCAGACCCAUACUGCUUAUAUAGGCCUAUAUGGCGGACAUGGAAGUAUCUUUAUUGUAGUUAUUCAGUUAGUGUACCCCCUUACUUAUAGUGUGGGUGGUGGGAUGUCGGGAAAGCCAGACGACAAAAUGGUGAAGUUCCUGGUUCCCCCUCAGAAGAGUGGAAAUGGCCCCAGUUCUGGUUCAGAUUCGAUGGUGACUGAGGGCCGGCCAACAGAAGUGAGACGCCGGCAUCACACCAUGGAGCGUGAUCGUUGUAACCCUGAACACCGUUUCUUGCGCCGAAGUGUCAUCAGUGAUUCCAAUGCUACCGCAUUAGCCCUCCCUUUACCUAGCAAGAUCCCCAUCCCUGCACCUCAACGGGUUCAGCUACGAGAAGUCGCCCCACAGCGGCAACUGGCAGCUGCUGCUGCUCAUUUACUGCGUGCUGAACCAAGUCCAGCUCAAAAUGAGGAGUCUUUUGUUAGUGGAAAAGAAGGAGUACAAGAACAAGAAAUAACCAAGGUGGAUGCAGUGCCUUUGGAGCAGGAGCCUGUUGUUGUACAAGAUACCUGUGAUGGAGAGGUGGUGAUAGCAGCCCGCUCCGCACCAAGCUUAGGAUCAGAAUUGCCCAGACAAACCGAGCCUGAAAGCACGAGUGACGUGAAGGUACCACCUGAAGAAGAAGGGGAGGAAGAAGACAAGGAAUCUGCCAAGGCACGAGCAGAAGCAGAGCAGAGAGAAGCUGAGAAGAAAGUACAGGAUGACAUUGAAGAGGCAGAGACCAAAGCAGUGGGAACAUCACCAGAUGGACGCUUCCUAAAGUUUGAUAUAGAAAUUGGACGAGGCUCCUUCAAGACUGUCUACAAGGGCUUGGACACUGAGACCACAGUGGAGGUUGCUUGGUGUGAGCUACAGGAUCGUAAGCUUUCAAAGACGGAGAGACAGCGCUUUAAAGAGGAAGCGGGGAUGUUGAAGGGACUACAGCAUCCCAACAUUGUCCGUUUUUACGACUCCUGGGAGGGACCCUCCAAAGGCAGGAAGUGCAUUGUCCUGGUCACUGAACUCAUGACUUCUGGCACACUCAAAACAUAUCUGAAGCGGUUCAAGGUGAUGAAAAUUAAAGUGCUGCGGAGCUGGUGUAGACAAAUCCUCAAGGGCCUCCACUUCCUUCAUACUCGGGCUCCCCCGAUCAUCCACAGGGACCUGAAGUGCGACAAUAUUUUCAUCACAGGCCCAACAGGAUCUGUCAAGAUUGGAGACUUGGGACUGGCCACACUGAAGCGUGCAUCAUUUGCCAAGAGUGUUAUAGGUACCCCUGAGUUCAUGGCGCCUGAGAUGUAUGAGGAGAAGUACGACGAGUCAGUGGAUGUGUAUGCCUUUGGAAUGUGCAUGCUGGAGAUGGCCACCUCAGAGUACCCUUACUCAGAGUGCCAGAACGCAGCACAGAUCUACCGCAGAGUUACCAGCGGGGUGAAGCCAGGCAGCUUUGACAAGGUGGCCAUUCCUGAAGUGAAGGAGAUCAUCGAGGGAUGCAUUCGCCAGAACAAGGACGAGAGGUAUUCAAUCAAGGACCUCCUGAACCAUGCCUUCUUCCAGGAGGACACAGGGGUGCGUGUGGAGCUGGCAGAAGAAGAUGAUGGAGAGAUGGAGCUUAUUAAGCUGUGGCUAAGAAUUGAGGAUGUAAAGAAACUCAAGGGGAAGUACAAAGAUAACGAGGCCAUUGAGUUUUCUUUCGACCUCCUCAAGGACGUCUCAGAGGAUGUGGCUCAGGAAAUGGUUGAGUCUGGUUAUGUGUGCGAUGGUGAUCACAAGACAAUUGCGAAGGCCAUAAAGGACAGGGUGUCUCUAAUCAGUCGCAAGAGAGCGCAGCGGCAGCAGGUCAGAGAAAAUCAGGAGAAGAAAAGGAUAGAGGAAGAGCAGCAGGGUCCGUUACCUCCUGCUCAGCCACCAGGCCAGCUGCCGGGCACAGAGGUGCCUCAGUCCCAGCCCAUGCCACAGACCGCUCCGUAUGUCUCUCCACAACCAAACCAACACAGCACACAGAUGGCUGCCCAACCUGCAACUCAGCAGAGCCUUCAGAGCUCCAACUACAACACUCCUCAAUCUACUCAACUGGCCGGCAUGGCACAGGGUGUCCCUUAUAUCCCCCAAUCAACGGGGCAAGUCCCAGUUCAUGGUCAGAGUGUGACCUCCGUCCAGCCGGAGUCAGACGACCAUGAGGCUGACCAACACCAUCAACUGCAACACACUGCAGGAGCCGUUCACAUGGGAGACAGACUGUCCGGUUCCACCGUCCCCCCUGAGAUCCAGCCUCCUCAGUCUGGAAUAUCCUACAACACCCCCCCGAGUCAGCAUCUUCAGUCCCAGGCAUCGCACCCACAGACACAAAAUGACCAAACGCUUCAGCAGCCGUUGUCAGUGGUUCAAACCCAGAUGCCAGUGGUCCAACCUGAAGUUGUUCCUGUAGUUCCCAGCAGUCAGUCUGUUCCAGUGGCUCCUCAGCAGUACGGUGUUUACUACCAACCAUCGCUUCCCCCUCAGAUUCUGACCCAGCAAGUGGUGAUACCCCCAUCUUCUCAGACAUCCUCCCCCCAACAGCAGCACCAGCCAGAAAGCAGCACUACUCUCCCACAGGCACAGGCUGGAGCUCAGCAGCUACAGGCCCCUGUCAGUGUUCCUCAGUCAGCACCAGUGGAGCAGCCAGGAUCAUCCGCUCUUGUUCCUCCAUCCGUGGAAAGCUGCCUUUCCGAUGCAGCUUCAGGUCUUAGUGACGGCAAUGAUGGAGGCUCUACAUCAGGAGGCCGCCAUGAGGGCCGCUCACUGAAGCGGCACCAGCGGCGAUCAGUACGCAGUCGCUCCCGCCAUGAGAAGACGGGGAAAGCCAAGCUUAAUGUGCUCAGUAUCUCAAACGUGGGAGACAGAGUGGCAGAGUGCCAGCUGGAGACACACAACAGGAAGAUGGUGACCUUUAAAUUUGACCUUGAUGGUGAUAACCCAGAGGAGAUUGCACAGAUCAUGGUUGAGAGUGAAUUUAUUUUGGAGAGUGAGCGGGAGUCAUUCAUUGAGCAGGUCCGUGAAGUCAUAGAGAUGGCCGAUGAGAAAGGAGAGGGCAUGAAGGAAGGCUUCCCUCAGAUGAGUGAUCACCAGAAGCAGCCGGAGCUGUCUGUUCCUAUGCUGCCAGGCAUUUCCCCCAGCACUACAGCGCAGGUGGUGCAUUCAGCAGGUCGAAGGUUCAUAGUCAGCCCAGUGCCCGAGUCCCGUCUUAGAGAACAGUUUUUUGGCGACACUUCUGCUAAUACCUCCUUUGGAGAUGAACCAGGUCCCUCUCUGCCGCUGGGUCUUUCUCUGUCCGCUCCCUCUGGGACUCUGCAGCAGGCGUUCAGUAAGAUGAAGCAGGCUCGUAUAGAGAGAGGCAACACCCUGGAUCACUGUGCUACUGAGCAGGAACCAGCCCCCAUGCCGGCCCCUGAGACAGGACUUGGCCCCAGCUCUAAAAGUAUCCUUGCUCCUCCAGAGGCUCUAGCUACCAACGCUAGCUUUCCUGGCGGGCCUCUGACCUCCACUGCAACUCCCUCACCACCCACCUCAACUGGGAGGGUUUCCCCUCAACCUGCAGUCACUCAGUCCCAAAGCCCAGCCCCCUCCACCAGUGAUCCCAGUCCACCUCCUCAGUCGGCCCAUGAAGCAGCCCCCCCACAGCUUCCACCAGCUGCCAAUAUCCCUCCAACACCUUCCACCGUCUCUCCUCCAUCAGUGCAGACAUCCGUCCCUGUGGCCCCCGGGCCUCAGCUGGGCAGCGCCUUGGGCCAGUCUGUUGCCAGUGUUGCAUCAAGCAGCCCCGGCCCUGUCCCCGCUUCAGAGCAGCAGCCGUUUAGCGGCGCUGUUUCGUCCUCCCAGCCUGUGAAUUCGUCCAUCCCCGCAUCACAGCCUGUCCCCAUUUCUGCUCAGCUCCCCCCUCCCACCUCGGUGCCCGGCCAGACCCAGCCAGUGGAGUCAGAGGGAGCUGAUCUCCAGAACAAAACGGCGGGCAGAGAUGAUAUCCAAGCGCUGGAUAAAAAGCUCCGGUCCCUCUUCAAAGACCAGAGCUCUGCAUCAUUGGAUCAGAGCACCGGCACCUCCUCUCCUCCCACUGGGACUGCUUCCCCUCCGCCUGGAGCCGCCCUGGUGCCCCCAUCCAACCUCCCCCUCUCCUCUGGAGGGCAGAGUGUCCUGGGCCCCAACACCCCAGCAGGACAGACUCCUCCAACUAAGCCAAGGGCACAUACUUUACCUGCUGGUUUUGACCAAGCUGCUACACCUGCAUUUGAAAUUGUACCUCCAUUUCCUGGACCAAAUCAGAAACCCCUGGGUAAUUUAGAUGCCCAGUUGAGGAGAGCUCUGAGCCCGGAGACGGUUCAGGGAGGCAGCAGAGCGCAGCCCCCAGCAGCAGCUUUCACUCUGGGACGAUUCCAGGUGUCCGUUGCUGCUGAUGGUUCGUCCAGCAAUGCUCCUGGUCCCUCGAGCAUUGUUUCCUCUUCUUCCCUCACGCCAUCCUCUACCUCCUCCUCUUCUUCCUCUUCCUCCUCCUCCUCCUCCCCCUCUAGUCCAGAAAAUACCCUGCACCGGUCAUCCACUCUGUCCAGAGGAAUUUGUGAACCAGACUCUUCAAACCGAGUCCCUCUCUCUGCUGAUGCUGCCAGUCAGCCCACUACUAUCGGGCGCUUCCAGGUGUCCACAAACACCAACGCCACAUGUGGGGCAACCAAUGGAUCUAAAGUGGGACGUUUUUCCGUCACAGUCACCCCAUCUCCAGCUGCAGGCUCCGGUCCAACACAUGUCUCCAGUAUGCAGAACGGUCCCUCAUCCUCAACCUCUGAUCCUCACAACUCACACGCCCACUACAGCAGUGACAAUGACGACUCUGAGAAAGAGGAUGAAGCUCUGCACAAAGAAAUUAGCCGUCUCAGAGAAAAACACAUGACGGAGAUCCAGCUAUUGCAGACUAAACAGAAAGAGGAGGUGGAAGCCCUAUUCACACGGAUGGGAAAAGCUCCUCCUCCUUCAGUCUUCUCCCCUGCUGUGGCCAUGGCUGGAGGUCGUCGAAGGCUCAAAAGCAAAAGCCACAAAUCUGCUCGCAGUAGUGGACAGCCCAGCCCCGUACACUCAGCCUCCGCUCAGAGUCAUCACGGUUCAGGGUCCCCUCCAAAGCAAAGUUCAGCCUCGGCAACAGAGGCCUCAGAGACGGCCGCAGAGGCAUCUCAAGCAGCUAGCAUGCCGUCCAUAAAGCAGCUCAGAACCUCUCCAUCCAUGCCCAGCCUCAGCAGCUGCUCCACUGGAUCAAGCAGCUCCACAAAUGGUUCAGCCCACUGCCAAAACCACUCUGCUUCUCUGACCCAGACGACUGGACCCACUUCCUCUUCGUCUCAAACCCAGAAGGGCAAGGGCACCUUCACAGAUGACCUGCACAAACUGGUGGAUAACUGGGCGAGGGACGCCAUCAGCCUCUCUCAGUGCAAGAGAGGUCCUAAAGCUGGAGCAGCGGCACCUCUGGGACAUGAUAUCAUCCCUCCAGUCAACCAGGGCCGUAAAUUCUCAGCUCCAGGCUACCUUUGCCCAACACUUCCCACGCCUUCUACCACCACGUCCACCACGUCCACUCACCUCCCCAACCCAGCCAUUCCCUCAGUCCCCAUGGGCCCUCGAAAAGGCUCUCUGGGCCCCAACACGCAGGGGUUUGGAUACGCCUCUGCGCAGUACAGUGCAGCUCAGUGGGCAGGACCCACAGGCCCAUCCCAGGUCAGCAUGCUUAACCCCGCACAGCCACUCACGCAGUACCAGCCGCCCACCACAUCCUCAGUAUCCAUGCACCCAGGAUACCACAUGGGAACGACACCAGCCCCCCAGAAUCCAGUGGGCCCCGGAGGGUCCAACCUGAGGCCCACGUAGCCCAGUGGAAGCCCCACACAGGGCAGACAGUCGUGAACGAGAACCACUAGCUCUUUGUGCGGUAGGCUGGUCGGGCCGGCUGGAUAUUGUACUUUUUAUUUUUAUUUCAACUUUUAUUAUUAUGUGUUUUUUUUUCUGUAAGAGUGGACCUGUGCGGUUCAUGUCCUCUCAGGCAGAGCCAAAUCUGUCUUUAGAUUUAGAGGAAGAGUGCAAUACACAUCCACAGCAGCCUCACACAUAGCCUGCCAUCAGCUUUGUAGCUGAGCUGUGGCGAGUCCGUUGCUUUGUGUCCGGUGAUGUCAUUGCAAUUUUGUCAUUCCUGUGAGGAGGAGGAGGUAGGAGGGAUUGUGGGUCACAUCCUACUGGUCCUGACUUAAAGCCGCACUGGGGCUGAAGACGGUUAAACAACACUUAGACACACGUACAGACCUGACUAAAUAUUAACGGUGGGUGACGGACUUGUGAUAACAUGUUAAGUUGUUUCAGAGAGCUAUAGGGGGGAGUGUACAGAAAGUGGGAGAUAACAGCGGGACAGUUUGUCCCAGAUGGAUUAGCAAAGUGUGACUGGUUGAGUUGGGAGGAAGUCUUGGAAAGUUAGGCGGGAGUGUAAAGGACAGGGUUGCAGUUUGAAUACGUCCCUAAUAACUAUUAAGUAAAAUGCAAUAAUGGCAAAGAGUAGAUGAACUGUCCCUUGUAACUGUGGCCUUAAUCCCCAAACACAUUUGAACAUUGACGUUGUACAUAGAUAUUUCUUCACUGGGUUAUGAUUCCACAUUUAGCAUAUUUAUGUUCCUGUGAUUUUGGUGACAUUGUGACACGAGUUGCAAUCAUACAGAUUUAUUAUACCGGUUGAUUCUUCACGUCUGAUAUAUAACCAGUGGAUCUUCCACUAAAAAACGCAUUGUCCUGGUGUUGACCACCAUUCGCAGUGUGAAGCUGAGAGGAGAUGCUGCUGAGAAUCACAAUCGGGUUGAGGUUGUUUGCAGGGUGAUUUUUUGUCUUGUUUUAACACAAGAAAGAAAUUAGAAUCCAAGUUGACAUAAAACAGCAUUAGUUAGCGCAGAUACGAGUUCAGAAACUGCUCAUCAUAUAUCGUAGAAAAGAAAUGAUUUUGGUUUAUUUAAAAAGUAUUUGAGGAAGGUUUUCGUCUCUCCGAGUUGUUUACACAGAUGGUGCACAGCACACCGAUGAAGUCAUGUCGCAUUAAAUAUGUCCACUCAUACAUUUAGCCGUCACGUCAAAUCACAAUUGUCUGGGGUUCUCUUUCUGUGGUCUGUUUUUGUAUGCGUAUAUUUAAUAAAAACAAAUGUUCUUUAUGGACCUGUAUUCAGCCAUCAGAUUUUGAUGUUGUUUCACUGUAAUUAUUAUUAAAGGUUGUUAAACAACAUGUAGUUAAAGGAAUAUAAAAAGUGCAAUUGCAGGGUUGUUGUCAUUGGUAACCUACUCGCCACGCAGGAGUAAUCCUGUCGUUUAUUAAGCUCUUCUCUCUAUGACUACCCUGCCUCCCCAUCCCUUUUUUUUUUCUUUCUGUUAUUGUACAUAUGUUAAUGUGAGGGAAAUGCUUUCACGCAAUGCUCUAGAGUGUGCUUGUGGUGACCCACUCUACACGCACUCUGACCUGUAAACAUGAGGAACACAUUAGUGCCUUGCAUCCUCACUAAUGACAAGUUCCAGAUUCAUCGAGUCCUGUAGCUGUGAUUGGACGGCAGAGAAACAGUAAACUAAACCUGUACACGAUGUCACACGACAGGUGGCUUCUACACACACGGCCUGUUCAGAGGAUGUCACUCUGAAACUGUAGCCGCCGCAGGACUGCAGAACAAAGAGCACACAGCGUCAUGUGGAAGCGUUUCUGCUCGAGCCACGCUUCCCUUUGUGUUGUGUGGUCAGCUGUGUAUUUAUAUUUGGCUCCUGCGUUCAUGGAUUUGGCUGACUUGUUUUUGUGGGUUUAUCCUCAUUAAACUGUUUCAUAGGCGCACUUGUUCAGGCGGCAGACGAGCUGUACGAAGGUUUCAACGUCUUCAUGCUGGUUAAGUUUUGUCUCCGCACCUCACCAGUGCCAUGCUGUCAUUGUGACCCUUUCUCCUGCUCGUAGAUUGGAUGAAUAGUUAAACUUCUCUAGAGAAAAAAUAAGUUACUGCAAUGCAGAAUAUGCAAUGUUUAAAGUUUUAAAGGGACUGAGGGGUAAUGGAAACAUUUGCAUGCUGAUGAUGGGUCGUUACCGAUGUCAAUGUUUUUGAUAUUGGAAUAUUAGAGAUCCCUUUUUUGUUAUUAUUCUUGGCCUUCCUGAGAGUCGAUCUGUCCGACUGCCCUUCACCAAUAUCACAGGCACACCUUUUAAUAUCAAACUCUCACUUAAUGAUUUCUGCAUGCCGGCUUCCCUGGUGUUUAAUCUUACAAAUGACAACUGUACAGCACAAGGUCACAACAAAGCUCUUAUUGUCCAUCUGCUACGAUCAGUAAUUAUCACACCUCUGCAGUACUGGCACGCAGUCAUAUCUGUCUCGUCUUUAUUUCUGAUCCCUCCUUACUGACUUCCUGUGAUUCAGUGUUUGUUUUGUGUAUGUUUUUCACAUUGUACAAAAUGUAAAAACAAAUAAAAAUACUAUCAAUUAAAAACUUGCCAUGCUCAUUGGAAUAGUUUGUAAUAUCACUUUUUUCUCGAUAUAAAACAAAAAAUCCCAUUUAUUUAAGACUUCUCUACAAAUAUGAAUGAUGAAAUAAGCAUGAUUCAAAGACAACGUUAAUAAAUGUGUUUGUUUAUAUCUAACUAUAAAUAAAAUCCAGUUCAUUGA